UGGGUCAAAGAAAUAAAGGUACAGCUACUUCCGGGUCUGAUGCAACCUCAAAGCACGAGCUGUUUGUUAUACCAUUGCACUAGACUUUGUGAGAAAUCAUGGCCACUGCCGAAGCUUGUCCAAAGGCCAGAGUCGUGAUACAACAAUGCCUUAAUGCUAGGCUUCAAGUCCAACCACCAUCAGGAGAAAAGGAAGCUGAAUAUGUUGAGGUUGGGCGUGGUAUUGUCAUCUACCUGUGUUUCCUCAAAGGAGCAACAGAAGAUCUGGUACAGAAGAUGGUACGAUCCAUACUGGCAGUCAGAUUAAGUGAAUCUGAGCCAAACGGAAAGCUAGUGUCAGUACUGGACCUGCCUGGUGAUGUGCUGAUAGUACCACAGGCAACUCUUGGCGGUAAAACCAAAGGAAAAGCCAUGCAGUACCAUUCCAACAUUGCUAAGAUAGAAGGACAGGAGCUGUACACUAAAUUCUGUACAGUGUGUGCAGAGACAUUUGAGAUAAACACAAAUACGAAGGAAGCAAACAAGACUGUUAAACACGGUACUUAUGGCAACAGACAAGUUUUAAGUGUUGUAACUAAUGGGCCAUACACACACGUACUAGACUUUUAAACUCUUUUGUUGACCUACAUGUAUUAGGUACAAAGCAAUGAAUGAUUGGGACAAAAAUUGUCAGUAAUCGUUUAUUUGUAAAGUUCUUAUUGCAGUAAUCUUAAGUUAGACCACGUUGAUGAUAUGAUGACAAGUUCAUAGUACCAGUAUACUACACUACUGGCACUUUUACUACACUAGUACUGGUGCACUUCUUAAAUACAGGAGUGAAUGCCUUGUUUGCUGUAAUGCCAUGACGUGUUACAACAUAUAUGGUGUCUAUUUUGAAAAUUUGCCAUCUUGUUUUUUUCACCCAUCUUUUUUUCACCCUAUCUCAUUAUUUUCUCAGUCUGCAAGGAUGUCAUCCAUGAAGUUUACUUGCUAUGGCCUAAUUCACUGUAGAAUACUGUAAAUGCAUUUAAGUUCGCGGGGAUUUAACUUCGCAGUGGCGGGGAAAAGGAUUUUCGCAAUGGUUUCAAUUUCGACGUAACACCAUAGACUGCAGUCUAUUACCAUAAUAGAAAAAUGUUCGAGGUGGUUUUAAGUUUGCGGUGAAGUGGUCACCGCGAAAACCGCGAACAUUAAUCCACCGCGAACAUUUUUUCAUUUACAGUAUUACUGCCUGGGAUGCCUUCUGUUUGCCUUACUGCAAUUUUGAUUAAAUGAAAUAAAAUAAAGUAACUACCACAAAAUAAAUCUUUGGAAAUGGCAAUUAAUAAAAGUCAUGAUUGUUUCAGUGUACACAGUUGAAGCCUGUUGGUCGGUAGCACAACGAAUAA